GCUUGCAGAUCAUGGAAGCUGUUCAACGGAAACACCAUGAUUAUAUUGCUUUUUUUAGAGAUAAAAAUGUUGCAUUAUGAUUCAUGUGUCAUUCUCAAGUUUGCUACAACCAUCUAGCUAGCUCCUUAGGGUAGGGUUGUUUGAUUGUUUCCGGUUGCAAAAAAUCUCUUGAAAAAUGUUUCCUUCAAACGGCAAUGGCUGCAGCAGUGACCCAAUGGCACAUUUCGCUGCAGAUCCAUCACUUUCCUUCUUCAAUUUCCCCUCUCCUUAUAACAACCAAUGUGAGCUAGAAGCACUGCAAGACUAUGAUGUUUUUCUCCAACAAGACCGUGAUCUAUUACUUCAUAACCACACCUUGUUGGCGGCUGAUUCUGUCUCGGCCGACACCAUCACUAACGUGCCUGAUUCCAGCAAGAAGAGCAACGAUGCAAGCGAAGUAGGGAAGAAGACACCUGGGAAGAGAUCGUCGAGUUCCAAGAGAUACCUACACAGCAAGAUUAACACGGCGAACGGGCCGAGAGACCGGAGAAUGAGGCUCUCGCUUGACGUUGCUCGGGAGUUCUUCGGUCUGCAGGACAUGUUGGGCUACGACAAGGCUAGUAGAACCGUCGAGUGGUUGCUCAUACAGGCGAGGCAAGAAAUCAAGAGGCUAGCGAGAACCCAUGCCAACGGCGGCGGCUUUGCAUCCGCCGCAGCAAAGAGCCCUUCCUCGACAUCGGAGGGUGAAGUGUUAUCCGCAGCGGAACCUAAAGCGAUAGAGAAAAAUAUCAAACAUCAAGCUAAAACCACUUUCAAUCCACUCGCGAGAGAUUUAAGGGACAAGGCCAGGGCGAGGGCAAAGGAGAGAACAAAAGCAAAGAAGAUUUUGACUCAAACGCCAUGGGGUUCCUUUGAGAGCACUGCUGAAGAAUCUGGUAAUCUUCAACAGGUUGAAGAACUCGGCUCUCGAGGCAUCGAGCACUUAAGGAUUAAUCAUGACAAUAUGAUUGAUGAAUCUUCGGCAGUUCUUAAUAAAUGGAGCCCGAAUUCGAUUCUCAAUUGUCUGCAAAACUCUGGAAUUAACCAAGUGCAUCAGGUCACAGGCUUUCUGUCUUUCGGCAAAUCAUAG